GGGAGAGGGGGUGGAGGAGGAGGGAGUGGUAGUGGUGAUGGUGGGUGUUUUGGGCGGCAAAGUGGGGCGGCAGAGGUGGAUUCGGCGAGUCUUAGCUGGCGGGAUUUUAUUCUGCGCAUGCCGUACGAUAACGUGAAGAGAUUUUAUUCGGUCAGCGCCGUCCGGAUCGGGAGCGGGCGGUACGGGGUGAUUCGGCCGUGCACGCACCGAGGGACUGGAGUGAAGAUGGCAAUUAAGACAAUCAAGAAGGAGCAGAUGAAGUGCAAGGAGGACGUAGAGGACGUGCGAACAGAGGUCAUCAUUCUGGGGCUGCUGCGCAAUCACCCCUGCAUCAUCAACCUGCAUGACGCAUUUGAGGAUGAGAAGUACGUACACUUGAUAAUGGAGGUGUGCGAGGGAGGGGACCUGUUCGACCGAAUCAAGCAGCGCGGCCAGUUUCCUGAACGGGAUGCGGCUCUGGUGUGCAAAGGCUUGGCGGAGGCGCUGGUGCAGUGCAGCAGCAGAGGCGUGGUGCACCGCGACGUGAAGCCUGAGAACAUUCUGCUCUGCUCCAAGGAGUGCCACACGCGGAUCAAGCUGAUCGACUUCGGAGUUGCUGCCCUGCACACUCCAGGCACCCUACGGACCGACAGAGCGGGAACAGUGGAGUACACUGCACCCGAGGUGUUGGACCGAGCCUACGGUCCCGAGGCAGACAUCUGGAGCGCUGGGGUAGUGCUGUACAUUCUGCUCUGCGGCUUCCCGCCGUUUUGGGCGGCGACUGACGCUGACCUGGAGAGGAAGAUCCGGGUGGCGAGCGUGGAUUUCCGUCACCCGAGGUGGGCGGCGGUGUCGGGCGGCGCGAAAGAUUUGAUUCUGAGGAUGCUGGAGAAGGAUCCGAGGAAGAGAAUAUCUGCCCUGGAGAUCUUUGCCCAUCCCUGGAUCAGAGAAGCCGAAAGCAGCUGAACCCCACCACUGCCAACUGACUGAUCACCUGACCAUGUUCAUUCGGUUGUAAAACCACCUGAGGGGCGCCACCUGUUGUGAAAAUACCUGACAAAAUGUAGCCAGGCUAACGCCGCCUGACUACUAAAUGGCACCUGGCUCGAUGCCAUGUUUGAUUUGAUCAGAAUCCAUCUUUUUGUGGUCCCUUUUGGAUGACCAUUUCCUCACCAAAGUAUAAUGUGCUCCGAGAUAUGGCUCAAUAAAGCAUUGAGAGAUGUGACAUAAAACUUUGACAUUUUA